AUGAAGGGAAAGCUGAAGAAAGUUGGAAACAAGGAGAAAUCGUCAACGUCAACAAAGAAAAGCGCUGAAAAUUCAAAGAAAUCCAGAGAGAUUGUAAAGAAGAAAAAGAUUGCGACGAAAAUGAAAGAGAAAUUGGAUGAAGAGAUGCAUUCGUUGAAAAAGAUCAAAAUCGAAAACGAUGACGAUUUGGAAGAAGCCGGUUUAAUCACAAAGCCUCCAGCGGAAAAUCUAGAUAUUGUGAUUGAAGCUUUUGAGAAAGUCAAGCAAGAAUAUGGAGAGAUUCAGAAAAUUGAUGGAUUUCGAUCUUGGAAUAAAGCGAUGAGCUCAGCGCAAAAGAGUGCGCUGAAUCGAGUGAAUCGCUUGUAUGAGACGGCAAAAGACGUUCCGGAGUGUUGCUUUUCGAUGGCAAGCUAUUCAAAGCUUCAGAUUGAUGAUAAACAAAAGCAGAAAGUCGUCGUUUUGCCUAAAGUUGAGUCGUUGGCGAGGAAAAUGAUGUGGACACACACCGAGGGGAAUAUACCGGGUGAAAACGAGCUCCACCUCACUCACAUUCCAUUCAUUGGGGACACGGAUGAAGAGCUAGACUUUGGACGAUACUUGUUACCGUUUUUUCCAGAGGGUAUUCAUGGGGUUCGUCAUGGUCUUGGCGAUUAUAUCAACGAUUGGAUGUUGAAUGAAUUGUAUCAAAGUUUAAAGAAAAGAUUUGACAAAGAAGAUGAUCUCUUUGAAGCGAUCUACUACUUGUUUCCGAAUAAAUUGUCCCCAACUCAGCUGAAAGAACAAGUACCCGAUAUUGAGGCUAGGUUGAAUGGGAUUCUUUCGCCGAAAAAGAAACGAAGUAAUGAGGAACGAAUCGAUGCUUAUUAUGAAACGAUGAAAUUCCUUCUCUGCUCCCGGUGCUCUCAAUUCGAUUGCAAGAAGCAUGAUCCAGCUGCCGAUUGGACGGUGGAUCGAGCAUUUCAAGAGAAAUUUAAUGAAAAUCUCUUCAAAAAGCCGUGCAGCAAGGAUUGUUUUAAAGGCACAACGCAACCUCCAAAGAAGAGGUUCACACCUGGAGAGUCAUUAUCAAAAUAUGUUCGAGAAAGAGCUAUGGAUCUUGGUGGAGCUGAGAAAUCUUGUCUCAUUACUCAAAUCGUCUCUACUGUUGCUAUUCCCUAUGGACAUCAAGGAUUAUUGCCAAGUUGUAGCCAAGUCCACGAUUUUCUCUUGCGAAACAACGUGCCGGAAGUUCAAACGAUUGAGACAAAGGCACGGACGAUGAAACAAAUCGAAGAAGCUAUCAACAAAUUCCGCAACACUCGCUAUCGUUUAAAGAUGAAAGUCGAGCACAAGCACCGGAUUUCGCCGUGUGAUCACCCGGGUCAGCCUUGUGAGGUUGACAAAUGUCUUUGUCUUCGCGACGAGGGAGUUUGUACAAAGUAUUGCAAGUGCGACGAAUGCCCGCACAAAUUCCCGGGUUGUUUAUGUAAAGGCUCUUGUCAAACGCUGGCUUGUCAUUGCUUUAAAGCGAAUAUUGAAUGUGACCCAGACACUUGCCUCAAUUGUGGAGUGGAUCCUUCAUGCAGUCACAAUGGACAUAGCUGUAACAAUAUCCAAUUGACAAGGAGUUUCCGGAAAAGAACCGAGAUCAAGCUCUCAUCAAUUCCACAAGCCGGUUUUGGGUUGUUCUUGUUAGAGGCAGCGAAGAAAGAUGAGUUGAUCAGUGAAUACACAGGAGAGAUCAUUGAAACUGACGAAAGCGAUCGACGAGGAAAAAUCUACGAUCGAAUCCAUUUAUCCUAUCAAUUUGGAAUGAAUGAAGAAGAAACGUGUGACGCUUUUCGCAUUGGAAAUCCGAUUCGUUUCGCAAAUCAUUUAAAGAAUCCAAACUGCAAGACAAAGAUUGUGUUGGUGAACGCCGAGCAUCGAAUCGGUAUCUAUGCUGGAAGAGAUCUACAAGCUGGUGAAGAGCUCUUCUUUGAUUAUGCUUACAAUGAGUUGGAAGGACGCAAAUUUGUGGACAAGAAGAAUGUAUCCGGUAAUGGGAAGAACAAGCAACAACAACAACAACAACAGCAACAGGAACAGCAACAACAACAGCAACAGGAACAGCAACAACAACAGCAACAACAACAGCAGCAACAGCAGCAGCAGCAGCAGCAGCAACAACAGCAGCAACAACAACAACAACAACAGCAACAACAACAGCAACAGGAACAGCAACAACAACAGCAACAGGAACAGCAACAACAACAGCAACAACAACAGCAGCAACAGCAGCAGCAGCAGCAGCAGCAACAACAACAACAACAACAGGAACAGCAGCAGCAACAG